AUGUCUGUCUCUGAAAUAGUAAAUAGCAUUCCUAGAUUCUUUGUUGGGACUGAAGAGGGAGAAGCAGAUGAGCUCGAUUCCACCAAAUCUGGAAGUUUUGAGCACUUCUAUGAACAUGCUGAUGAAGAAGAUGAUGAAGAUGAGUCUCCACCAGAAAGAUAGAUUGUGGUUGGAAUAUGUUCCAUGGCAAAAAAAUCCAAAUCAAAACCAAUGAAGGAAAUUCUUGAACGUGUCUCCUUGUUUAAAUAUAUCGCAGUAGUAAUAUUUGAAGAGGAAGUAAUUUUAAAUGAACCAGUAGAAAACUGGCCACUGUGUGAUUGUCUUAUUUCUUUCCAUUCUAAAGGAUUUCCACUGGACAAAGCAGUUGCCUAUGCAAAACUCAGGAACCCAUUUGUGGUCAAUGACUUGAAUAUUCAAUAUCGCAUACAAGACAGGAGAGAAGUUUAUAGUAUUCUUCAGUCUGAAGGCAUUUUACUUCCUCGUUAUGCAAUUUUAAACCGUGAUCCAAAUAAUCCCCAAGAAUGUAAUCUAAUUGAAGGGGAUGAUCAUGUGGAAGUAAAUGGAGAAGUUUUCCAAAAGCCAUUUGUAGAAAAACCCCUCAGUGCUGAGGAUCACAAUGUUUACAUUUAUUAUCCAACAUCUGCUGGAGGUGGAAGCCAAAGGCUCUUCAGGAAGAUUGGAAGUAGAAGUAGUGUUUACUCACCAGAAAGCAGUGUGAGAAAAACCGGUUCUUACAUAUAUGAAGAGUUCAUGCCUACAGAUGGCACUGAUGUCAAGGUAUACACAGUAGGUCCAGAUUAUGCCCAUGCUGAAGCACGGAAAUCUCCUGCACUUGAUGGCAAAGUAGAACGGGAUAGUGAAGGAAAGGAAGUCAGAUAUCCUGUUAUCCUCAAUGCAAGAGAGAAGUUAAUUGCUUGGAAAGUCUGCCUUGCAUUUAAGCAAACGGUUUGUGGCUUUGAUUUGUUACGUGCCAAUGGACAGUCCUAUGUCUGUGAUGUCAAUGGCUUCAGUUUUGUGAAGAAUUCUAUGAAAUAUUAUGAUGACUGUGCAAAAAUACUUGGUAACAUUAUAAUGCGAGAGCUUGCUCCACAAUUUCAUAUCCCCUGGUCAAUACCAUUAGAAGCUGAAGAUAUCCCAAUUGUGCCAACAACAUCUGGAACUAUGAUGGAACUUAGAUGUGUUAUAGCAGUUAUACGCCAUAGGGAUAGGACACCAAAACAGAAAAUGAAAAUGGAAGUGAGGCAUCAAAAAUUUUUUGAUCUUUUUGAAAAGUGUGAUGAAUAUAAAACUGGAAAAUUAAAAUUGAAAAAGCCAAAACAAUUACAGGAAGUAUUGGAUAUUGCUAGACAACUUUUAAUAGACCUAAGACAGAACAAUGAUUCUGAAAUUGAAGAAAGUAAAUCAAAACUUGAACAAUUAAAAACUGUAUUGGAGAUGUAUGGGCAUUUUUCUGGAAUAAAUCGUAAGGUUCAAUUGACCUAUCUCCCUCAUGGUUGUCCUAAAACAUCUAGUGAGGAAGAAGACAAUCCAAGAGAAGAGCCGACUUUACUCUUGGUUCUGAAAUGGGGAGGAGAAUUAACUCCUGCAGGAAGGGUCCAGGCUGAAGAACUUGGAAGAGCUUUCAGGUGCAUGUAUCCUGGAGGACAAGGUGACUAUGCAGGAUUUCCUGGUUGUGGUUUACUAAGAUUACAUAGUACCUACCGACAUGACCUCAAAAUAUAUGCUUCUGAUGAGGGAAGAGUUCAAAUGACUGCAGCUGCUUUUGCAAAGGGACUUCUGGCUUUAGAGGAUGAGCUUACCCCUAUUCUUGUCCAAAUGGUAAAAAGUGCAAAUAUGAAUGGACUUUUGGAUAGUGAUAGUGAUUCCCUAAGCAGUUGCCAGCAUCGUGUGAAAGCAAGACUUCAUGAAAUACUUCAGAAAGACAGAGAAUUCACUUCUGAAGACUAUGAAAAGCUUACUUCAUCUGGAAGCAAUUCUGUUAUUAGAUCUCCACAUGUUAUCAAAUGAAUGCAAUUAAUCAAAAAUCCUGUGAAGACCUGUGACAAAGUUUACUCUUUGAUUCAAAGUUUGACUUCUCAAAUCAGACAAAGAAUGGAAGUUCCCACAUCAUCAGAUAUCCAGCUUUAUCAUAGUGAAACGUUAGAGCUAAUGCUACGUCGAUGGUCCAAGUUGGAAAAGGACUUUAAAACAAAGAAUGAAUAUGACAUCAGUAAAAUCCCUGACAUUUAUGACUGUAUAAAAUAUGAUGUUCAGCAUAAUGGCUCUUUGAAACUAGAAAAUAAAAUGGAUUUGUACAGGCUUUCAAAAGCAUUAGCAGAUAUUGUUAUACCUCAAGAGUAUGGCAUAUCUAAAAUUGAAAAACCAUAGAUUGCCAAAGGCUAUUGCACUCCUUUGGUUAAGAAAAUUCGAUCAGAUCUUCAGAGAACACAAGAUGAUGACACUGUAAAUAAGCUCCAUCCUCUGUAUUCCAGAGGUGUCAUGUCCCCUGAGCGUCAUGUCCGUACUAGAUUAUAUUUCACCAGUGAAAGUCAUGUACAUUCUUUACUAUCUAUCCUUCGUUAUGGUGCCUUAUGUGAUGAAUCAAAAGAUGAUCAGUGGAGGCGAGCUAUGGAUUACCUAAAUGUUGUCAGCGAACUCAAUUACAUGACUCAGAUUGUUAUCAUGCUCUAUGAGGAUCCAAACAAGGAUCUGUCCUCAGAAGAGCAUUUUCACGUUGAGUUACACUUUAGCCCAGGAGCCAAAGGCUGUGAAGAAGACAAAAAUUUACCAUCUGGGCAUGGUUAUAGACCUGCUUCGAGAGAGAAUGAAGAAAAAAAGAAAACUUCCAGAAGAACUGACUCCACUGAUGAGGGACUUAGACAUAAAAAGGAUGAGCCUGAAAAAUGUGCAUUACUUUGUAAACCUAUGGUAUCAGAUCCAAUUCAUAUAUUCAAAAAAACUUCUGUUAUACGACCUAGGAAAACCGAAGUUGUUUCAGAAAAUAUUACUUUUCCAAGAAAAAGGGCUGUGGACCUGAAACAGAGUGCAGUAGGGUCUCACUGUGCUAGCCUGUUUAGCACCUCGGUGCUUGGGGGUUCUUCAAGUGCACCUAACCUACAGGAUUAUGCUCGUACUCAUCGUAAAAAGCUGACUUCUUCUGGCUGCAUAGAUGACGCCACACGUGGUUCUGCUGUUAAAAGGUUUUCUAUCUCAUUUGCUCGACACCCAACCAAUGGCUUUGAAUUAUAUUCCAUGGUGCCAUCUAUUUGUCCUCUAGAAACUCUUCACAACGCCUUAUCUUUAAAGCAGGUGGAUGACUUUCUUGCUUCCAUUGCACUUCCAUCAAAUGAAAGAAGAAUGACAGCUGAUGAAUAUUCUUCAAGUUGCACUUCACUUACACCUCCAAGAAGAAAGGUAUCUUUAAAUACCUACACACCUACAAAGAUCCUCCCAACACCAUCUUGCAGCUUAACAAGUACUAAAGGAAGCAAAGAAGCCACCAGUCCAUCUAAAAAGACUUCAUCUAACAAAACAGAAGAUACAACUCAAGAUAAAACUUCUCAGAAGAAAUGAAAUCUUUUUGAAACUGGAACCAGGUGCCUCCCUCAAAAAAUAAACUAUUAAGGGGGGUAGGGAGGAAUAGUAAACCUUUACUUCUCAAAGCCAUUCAUUUAAGUUCCUUGCUGUA